UGUAGGAAAACCCUGCAAUAUACGUGCUCGCGAUUUCCUUGUUUGUACUUUCUAUGCUAAUGAUAGUUUGUUUAGAUAACCACUACAGUAUAAAAGCAAUGACAUUAAUUUAAAUUAGCAAACAUAUUAUAUAAAAUCAAAGUAACAAUGGCUGCUCUCAAGAAUAUUGUUACAAUUUUUGUACUGAUUAUUUUAUUGGCUGUUUGUUUCGGGCAAAUACUUCAAGGUGGAUCUCAUGUGUCACAAGGUGGCCCACAUCAAAACCAAGGUAGAAAUCGUCGCCAAGUACCACAAAAUGUAGGACAAGUUGGUAAUAUUGAUGAUGAAAGUCUUCCUGGAAGCUGGCAAAACCCACGAAACUGGACGACAUGCGACUUCACAGUUACUUCCAAGAUUUCUUGUCAUGACUGCAACACUCGUAUUAUCUGCAAACCAAUUGGCGGUCUUCUGAUAACUUGCAAUAAUCCAAAUAAACCUUACUGCAAUUCUGGUAUCUGUUCCGCUGUAGCGAGUCCUGAUUGUGUUUAAAAUAACGAAAAUGUUUACAAAUAUUCCGAAUAAAAAUAUAUUAUACAAUA